AUGCUUGAUUCAUUAAGACUACCCUUCACAAAUCAAAGCAUAACCAAACCUUUGUUUUCUAACAUUACUUUAACAAAAAAUCAAACAAAUGAUUCAAUACUCGAAUUACCACCUAGAAAAACUGAAUUUCAAAAUCAUGUUUCCGAUUUUCAUCCUCGUCUAUCCAUACAUAUUUUUAAUCAGAAUGUGUCAUUAAUAGGCAAUACGAGUAAACUUAUUUUAUUAGGAAAUGGAUUUUUCGGUAGUCGAGAUUGGGGCAUCGCUGUACCAGGUCGAUCGUCAACACAAAAAAUGACUUCACUGUUUUGUCCAUUUUUAUCCGAGCGCUGUGAUAUAACAACUGAUUUCGAUCGUUUUACUGAAGCCGAUGCUGUUGUCUAUCAUAUACGUGAUAGUAUCGAUCAAAAUCGUGCUACACAAAAACGUCAUCCUAAACAACGUUUUGUAUUUGCUCUAUGGGAGUCACCGCCGCAUACGCCGAAUUUACAAUCAUAUAAUCAAUUUUUCAAUUGGACAAUGACUUUUCGAUUCGAUUCGCAUAUUCUGACAUCGUACUAUUCGGGAAAUGCAUAUGUUCAUACGUCGAGUCCUUUCUAUCAAACCAUGUUACAUGAAAAUAUUACACGCAAGCUUAAUUUAACAACAAUAACAAAGGAUCAUCGACCGUCCGAUACGAUCCUAGAAAAGAAAAAAUUAGGCAUUGCUGCUGCACUAAUAUCAAAUUGUGGUGGCAGCAGUAAACGUAUACAAUUUAUAAACGAAUUAAAACGUUAUAUUGAUGUUAAAAUAUAUGGCCGUUGUGGACUCUCAUGUCCAUCGAAUAUAAAUUGUCGACAAUUUAUAGCUGAAAAUUAUUAUUUUAUUCUCAGUUUUGAGAAUAGUCUUUGUCAAGACUAUACUACUGAAAAAUUCUUUGCUGCACUUGAACAUCCCGUUGUACCGGUUGUUUUAGGACGAACAAAUUAUUCCUAUUUCAUUCCAUCGUCGGGAUUUAUUGACACGAAUCAAUUUUCUACUAUGAUCACGCUAGCUCGGCAUCUUAAUGAAAGUCGUUACAAUAAAGAAAAAUAUCUAUCGUAUUUUUCCUGGAAAAAAGAUUAUGUUUGGGGUUUACAUAAUUUCUUUUCUCCAUUUUGUGAUCUUUGUCUUCGUCUUCAUCUUGAUUCGAAACCAAAUGUUAUUGAUAAUAUUCACAAAUGGUGGUUUGAUAAUACUUGUCAAACAGCACAAGUACCACCAUGA